AUGAAAACUUUCAUUCGUAUGGUUCUGGGUUACGAUCCUGAUUCGCAGGAUAUGGAAGGCGGCGCUUUGGGUGUAGUGAGAGCAUACUAUGGAUGUGUCGAGGCACAGGGAAGAGGGACGCUUCAUUGUCACAUGCUGGUAUGGGUGGAAGGCGGAUUGAACCCCGAUGAAAUUAAGGCGCGUCUGAUGAAGGAUGGUGAAGCCGACUUCAGACGCAAGUUAGUUGAAUUUUUGGACGAUACCAUUUCUACUUGCAUGCCUGAUGCUCCCCCCGUACGCGUAAAAGUUCCUUCCUCGAAAUGUCAUCCUAGUGCAGUCCGCGGGAUACAAAAAUCGGUUCCAGAGCACUUGCGAGAUCACGCUGUGCAGCAGGACUAUAGGAAUCUGGUAGCGAAAUCUCAACUACACAAACACUUGGCCACCUGCUACAAGUAUUGUAAGGGCACUACAUUGGAAUGUCGCUUUGAGCUCGGAGGGGAUAAGCGUCGACCGGAGACCAUUGUAGACACUGAUACGGGGGAAAUCCAUCUGAGACGUCUAGACGGUUGGGUCAAUAAUUUCAAUGAGACGAUGAUUCACAGCAUUCGUUGUAACAUGGACAUAAAAUUUAUAGGGUCAGGCGCUUCUGCAAAAGCCGUUCUCUACUACAUUACUGAUUACAUCACGAAGUCCAAGCUAAAGGCCAAUGUCGCGUAUGCUGCCUUGGAACUGUCCAUCAAAAAACUGGGAGACUUUGAUCCUGAAGAGGAUAGCGUGACCGUCCGCACCAAGCAUUUGCUUCAAAGAUGCGCAUAUUCUAUGAUGUCGAAGCAAGAACUAUCAGGCCAAGAAGUAGCCAUGUAUUUAUCGGGUUACCAAGAUCAUUAUACGAGCCAUUCUUUCCGAAACGUCUAUUGGAGCAAUUUUGAGCGGGCCGUUGAAGCUAUGGAUCCAUCUCUGGAGUGUCAUCGUCCUUGGUUGAGGAUUAUAUUCAGCGGGGUCCUAGAUUAG